AUGGAGGAUACGGACGAGAGAAAGCUAUUUGUGGGUGGUAUUUCGUGGGAUACGACGGACGAAAUUCUUAAAGAGCAUUUUAGCAAAUAUGGAACCGUGAUUAGCUCUGUGAUAGCAAAGGAUCGGAAUACGGGCACCCCCAGAGGCUUUGCUUUCAUCUGCUUUUCGGAAUCUUCUGCCGUUGAGCUUGCCCUCCAAGAUUCCCAUGAAAUUCUUGGAAGAAUGGUAGACGUUAAAAAAGCAAUUCCCAGGAGUGAACAACAGCAAAGUCAACAGCAGCAUAAUAGGGGAUUGAGUAGGGAUACUAGGACUAAUGGUAGGAGCAAUGAUAAGUUUAGGACAAAGAAGAUUUUUGUAGGAGGUUUAUCAGCUAACCUAACUGAAGAAGAAUUCAGAAGUUACUUUGAGAAGUUUGGUAUGAUUACUGAUGUAGUUAUUAUGCAGGAUAGUAUGACCCAUAGGCCAAGGGGUUUUGGGUUUAUUACUUUUGAUUUGGAGGAUUCUGUUGAAGAUGUUAUGAAGAAGAACUUUUACGAGUUGAAUGGAAAGCUCGUGGAAGUCAAAAGGGCUGUACCUAAGGAUGGAAUUAGCAGUAGUAACAAUGGUUCUAAUGGAAGACCAGGUGGUGGAAGUGGCUCUAAUUUUAACUCGUAUCAGCUAGGAAGUUACCCAACUUAUAACCCGUAUUACCCCUCUGGAUAUGGCAAUGUUUCUGGGUACCCUUAUGGAACUGGUACUUAUGGUGGUGGUUAUCCCUCUGGAGGGUAUGGUGGACUUGGUUAUAAUCUCACUCCAAUUGGCCCUAGGAGUCCUUGGAAUGCUUCUGCAAUGGUUGGAGUUGGGGGAAGUUUGUUGCAUUAUGGUAGUACAACUCCCAUCUAUCCCUCGUACUUGAAUGGUGGUGCUGGAGUAAUGGGCUUUUCUGUCAAUGGAUAUAAUGGCAUUUUUGGGACUGGAUUCAAUGGAAAAUCGUCUCAACUUGGUAACACAGAUACUCAAGGUGCAGCUGAGUCAGUGCCUAGUCAGACUAGUAGGGGUAAUGUAGAUGAUAAUUUUUAUAAUUCUGGUCGAACCAAUGGAGCUGCUGCUGACAAACAGAAUGAACGUAAUGAUGAGCAGUUUAAGUCUGAUCCGGUUGGUAAUUCUAGCUGA